UCACGCUACCGCUUUGAUUGAACAAGCAAAGAUGAGAUACAUGUAGGUUUGCGUCCAGGUUGGAACACGAUGGAAUGUCCAUCGGUAACUGGCAGUCCUCGAGCUGAUUUAGACAAUACAGGUUUAGGAUCUGUGGGCGCUAAUGACGUAAUGCAACGCUAACUGCGGUAGUGAGCUGCUUUACGUCACGGCACCCCUGCUGCAUGUAUAUAAACCGGCGAAAGUGCAUUUUGAUAUCAUCACAACUCCAUGUGAACACCAUACCAUGCCCAUCCGCAUCGGCUUCGUAGGACUAUCCGUGUCCUCUCCCACCUGGGCAGCGAGGAUGCUCGCGCCACCCCUACUCACACCACCGCUCUCGUCAGCAUACGCGCUCUCCGCCGUCUCGACUAGCUCCCCAACCUCUGCGGCAGCCAGCGCAGAGAAGUACUCCGAGCUCGCGCACAGAGCCGUCAAGGCGUACCACGGACCGACCACCGCGAUCGCGGCCGAUCCGGACCUGGACAUGGUCGCUGUCUCUGUGAAACCGUCGUCCCACAUGGCCGCGGUUCUGCCCGUGAUCGAGGCGGGGAAGGACCUGUUUGUCGAGUGGCCGGCGGGCAGGAAUUUGCACGAGACGUUUCAGAUGGCCGAGGCGGCCGGACGGAAGGGUAUCAGGACGAUGGUCGGCUUGCAGGGAAGACAAAGCCCGACGUUCAAUAAGGUCAAAACCGUCAUCGACUCGGGAGAAAUCGGACGAGUCCUCUCUACUUCCGUGAUCGUGCGCGUCCCAUGCGACCGUCCACUCUACACCUGGGGGCCCUACGUCUCCGAGAACGGCGCCUACUCCGCAGACGCCACUCAAGGCGCGACGCUCCUGGAGAUCGUCGUCGGCCACUUCUUGAGCGUGUUCACGUACGUGCUCGGCCCCUUCACGUCCGUAAGCGCCACUCUUGCGGUCCAACAUCCCACUGCGGAGCUCGUGGAUGCUGAGGGUAAGCCGACGGGCAAGACGAUCCCGCAGACGGCCGCAAACCAGGUUGCGUUCUCUGGGACGCUGGCGAGCGGCGCCGUCGCGAGCUUGCAUUGGCGCGGAGGACUGGAGGGGAAGCCUGGGCGAGCGGGCACCCCGUUCAUGUGGGUUAUCGAUGGAGAGCGCGGGUCGGUACGGCUGGACAGCGAUGACCCUGCCGGGUGCUACGUGCAGGUCAGGGAACCAACGUUGUACUUGAAUGGAGAAGAAGUCAAGGUGGAGCAGGACGGUUUGACGAACUUGACGAGGGCGUGGGCUGAGUUUGCCAAAGGCCAGGGCGGGAGUUAUGCCACGCUUGACGACGCUUUGAAAAUCAAGGUGUUGCUCGAUAAUAUCGGUGAGAGCUCGAGAGAGGGCGUGAGGAUUGAGUUUUGAAAAUGUAAUGUUGGCGGAUAUCAGGAAGACAAUGUGGUCGACGUCUGAAUGUUGAACCCUUGAGAUCGCCAUGCGUGUACAAUAAGACGUACGCUCCGAGCUCGAGCUUCCGGCACGAAGCUACUUACGUGGGCUCACGCAACCGACCAAGGCUAAGCCAGCAAGCUAGAUGGCCAUGCCCUGAGUUCCCCGGCCUCCGCG